CUCUGCAUGAUGUUGUGAUGCUUCCAGAACCACAGGAGAACCAUGGUGAACUCUACCCACGUUUCAUAUUUCAUACUCAGUGCAUACUCUGACACCGGGGUCUUCAAACCUUUGUAUUUCCUGAUGAUUCUGGCUUUGUAUGUCUGUAUUAUAGGAGCCAAUGUGUUGCUGAUUGUGGUGAUCUGUGUGAACAGGAGCUUACAUGAACCUAUGUACCUGUUUCUGUGCAGCCUGUUUGUAAAUGAACUGUAUGGUAGUACAGGGUUGUUUCCAUUCCUUCUGUCUCAGAUCCUCUCUGACAUUCACACUGUUUCUGCUCCGCUCUGCUUCCUGCAGAUCUUCUGUGUGUACUCUUAUACAGGUAUACAAUUUACUAAUCUGUCCACCAUGUCUUAUGACAGAUAUCUUGCUAUCUGUUAUCCUCUGCAGUAUAACACUUGUAUGACUUCCAGAAAGACUGCCAGGCUUAUUGUUCUCACCUGGUUGUUUCCUUUUAUUGCUAUUUUGAUUUUGAUUUCUCUGACCCUGUCUCUGCAGCUGUGUGGGAACACCAUCAACAAAGUGUACUGUGAUAACUUCUCCAUUGUGAAGCUGGCCUGCUCUGACACUACAGUCAAUAAUGUGUAUGGACUCUUUGCCACUUUUUUCUUGAUCAUGUUUCCUGUUUCUCUCACCUUUAUCUCGUACAUGAGGAUCCUCAGAGUGUGUUUCUCUGGCUCCAAACAGACCAGACAGAAAGCUGUCAGUACCUGCACUCCUCACCUGGCUGCUCUGCUUAAUGCUUCCUGUGGGUCUUGCUUUGAAGUAAUACAGAGCAGGUUUUCUAUGAAAUAUGUGCCGAAUACGUUGCGCAUUUUAUUAUCUCUGUACUUCCUAACAUGCCAGCCUCUCUUCACCCCAGUUCUGUACGGGCUGAAGAUGUCUAAAAUCCGCAGCAUAUGUAAGCGUGUGCUGUGUGGUGAAGUGUAG